AUGUUUGGGGUAAGAGAAACUCCUGCAAGGGAACAAUUCAGCCUGACCGAAGGAUUGGGGGUGGGUGGGGGGUUUGCCAUGCGCAAACGACCAAGUGACGUGCAAAGGGAGCUUUUGGCGCAUGCAAAUUGUGGGUAAAAAGUCACUGUUCCGAACUGGGAAGCAAAAGGGUUUUGCGUGGGUGGGAGGAUAGAUGUAGAGAAGAGGGCGUUUAGCAGUUAGGGGGAAAGGGUACGUGGGUUUAAGGAGGAGAAAACGGAAAAGGCUUCCUGGCCAAAAAGAUCCCUCGCGGAGGAAUCUCCUCCUCCUGUUCAGCAGAAGUGUGGAGAAUCGCGAGAGAGAUGUUGGCAGGCGAUGUGCCGCUCAGAAGCUCCCAAGUCGGGUGGGACCUGUCUGAACCUGUGGAGAGCCUCUGCCAGUCAGUGUAGGUUGUGCUAAGCUAGAUGGGCCAAGCAGUCUGACUUGGCGCUCCCUGUUCUGCCUUGUUUCUCUGCCGUGAAUACCUUUCAGAGAGGAGCACACACACGAAGGGAAAUCACCACUGUCCUUCCUUUACCAGUGGCUCUUAGGCACUCAGCACUCAAAGAGUGCUGGCGAUGAGAACCGUAGACUCAUAGAGGUGGAAGGGAUACCCAAAGGUCCUCUAGUCCAACCCCCUGCUGCAAUACAGGAAUCCCAGCUGAAGCAUCCCUGGCAGGUGACGAUCCAACCUCUGCUUAGAAACCUCUGAGGAAGGAGAUUCCAUCCCUUUCCGGGGCAGACCGCUCCACUGUCAAACAACUCUUGCCGUCAGAAAGUUCCUCCUGGUGUUUAGUCAGAAUAAUAAGAAUCAUAAAAAUAAAAAUUUAUUUAUAUCCUGCCCUCCCCAGCCAAAGCCGGGCUCAGAGCGGCUAACAACAGUAAAAAUAGCACAAUUUACAUGAAAUCACAGUCAAUUAAUUGAAAUACAUUCUGAAAUCAAUUCAGAAUCAAAUUAAUGGCAACCAUUGGGCUAGAGUUCUAUGAAGAUUACAGAAGGAGAGAGGGGGUCAGACUGUGCCUUGGCCAAAGGCCUGGUGGAACAUCUGUCUUGCAGGCCCUGCGGAAAGAUGUCAAGUCCUGCAAGGCCCUAGUCUCUUGUGAUAAGAGCGUUCCGCCAGAUCAGGGCCACGGCCGAAAAAACCCUGGCUCUGAUUGAGGCCAGCCUAACCUCCCUGUAGCCCGGGACCUCCUAGAUGUUUUUAUUUGAAGACCAUAAGGUCCUCUGUGGGACAUACCAGGAGAGCCGGUCCCGUAGGUACAAGGGUCCUAGGCCUUAUAGGGCUGGUUAAAACCAGCACCUUAAACCUGAUCUUGUACUCCACUGGGAGCCAGUGCAGCUGGUAUAGCACUGGGUGAAUGUGAUCCUGCAGCGAGGACCCCCUAAGGAGUCUCGCCGCGGCAUUCUGCACCCGCUGGAGUUUCUGGGUUAAUCUCCCUUCUUGUAACUUGAAGCCAUGGGUUCGAGUUCUACCCUACGGAGCAGGAGUUCUUCCACUUUAAUCCAUCUGGGUCAGCAAAGAGCAGUAAGGAAGAGCAGCUAUCUCUGUCUUCUUGAACAGAGGUCAAGUGCCAAAUGCUGAGAUGUGUCUUCCUUUGUCAUAAUCCAGACUAGGAGCAUUGGGAGUUUAUAGGGAGAACCUUCUAGGUCCAUAGAUUCUGGUAGGGAUGGACUCAUACCAUUUUCUCCCAGGUCAAACAUUUAUUGCCAUCAACAAGAAGUGGGGAGUCCUCGAACUGUAGAGUUAGAAGGGACCUCUCUAGUCCAACCCCCGUGUAGAGUUAGAAGGGACCCCAAGGGUCAUCUAGUCCAACCCCAGACUCCCUGCGCCCUCUGGGUGUGAUUUCAAGGGCAUUAUUCUCCCACUGUCCAUGGAGGGAUCCACCCUGCAAGGGGUCUUGCCAUGCAGUUUAGGGACUGUCAACUGGGCAAUAGGGCGUUAGCCUGGAUUUUUGCUGUCUUCAGUACAGACCUUUGGUCAAUUAAAGGAUAAUUUUCCAAUUUGCUGUGGUCUCGUGAUUGCUGUGUGACCGGCUGGAAGGCAGAGGGCACACACAAUGCUGCCGCCGUUGUGCUCAUGAAGAAGAAGAAGAUCUUUUGCGUGAUCUGCUGCGAAUGCUUCCUGCGGUAGUAAUUUCCCCUAUACAGUGGUACCUCGGGUUAAGUACUUAAUUUGUUCCCGAGGUCCAUUCUUAACCUGAAACUGUUCUUAACCUGAAGCACCACUUUAGCUAAUGGGGCCUCCAGCUGCUGCCAUGCCGCUGGAGCACAAUUUCUGUUCUCAUCCUGAAGCAAAGUUCUUAACCUGAGGUAGUAUUUCUGGGUUAGCGGAGUCUGUAACCUGAAGCGUCUGUAACCUGAAGCAUCUGUAACCCGAGGUACCACUGUACUGUAUCGCAUGGCCAGGGGGAGUUGAGAGAGGUGCUCUCUUCACCUCAACGCAAUGCACUCCCACCCCUGUUGCAGAUAAUAAUAAUAAUAAUAAUAAUAAUAAUAAUAAUUUAUUAUUAUUAUUUAUAUCCCGCCCAUCUGGCUGGGCCUCCCCAGCCACUCUGGGCGGCUUCCAACAAAACAUUAAAAUACAGUGGUCUGUUAAACAUUAAAAGCUUCCCUAAACAGGGCUGCCUUCAGAUGUCAUGUAAAAGUCUGGUAGUUGUUGUUUUCUUUGACAUCUGGUGGGAGGGUGUUCCACAGGGCGGGUGCCACCACCGAGAAGGCCCUCUGCCUGGUUGCCUGUAACUUAGCUUCUCACAGGGAGGGAACCGCCAGAAGGCCCUUGGAGCUGGACCUCAGUGUCCAGGCAGAACGAUGGGGGUGGAGACGCUCCUUCAGGUAUACCGGGCCGAGGCCAUUUAGGGCUUUAAAGGUCAGCACCAACACUUUGAAUUGUGCUCGGAAACGUAUUAGGAUGGGAAACGUAUUAGAUUAGGAUGGGGGGGGGGCUUUAGCUGGUGGUGUACAGUAGUGGUCUGGGGGUCGGAUCCUCCUCCUGCAGCCUCCAGCGCCCUAAAUUGGAGGCACCGGGUGCUGCAGAGCAAAACUUUGAGGAGGCUCGCUGAAAAGGCAAGGGAACGGGGUGCAAGUCCUGUUCUCUACAAAAUGGAACUUCACGCUCAAAGCACGCCUUAAGUCGCUCAUCAAAUCACAGAGUCGGAAGGGGUCCCCGGGGGUCAUCUAGUCCAACCCCCUGGCGGUGCUGACUUCGGAGUGCUUGAAAAUCGGCGGAUCUAACGGGAAAGCAACACCUGGAGAUCUGCACCCGUUGUUGCAGCGCGUGCCUCGUGAUCGCUAUUGCGUCAUCAUAGGAUUAUUGCCCAACCUUAGAAGGGGCGAGAGGGGGGGUUUCUGGAGGGCUGGACCAGGACCUGGCAGACGAAGGUUCGAAUCCCGGGUGUGACUCUGGCGGCCAAUGACUGCCUUCUCUCGGCCUGACCUACCCUGCAGGGUGGUUGUUGUGGGAGGGAGGGGUUGCGGGAGGAGGAGGAGGAAGAGCCACGGAGGCCCAAUUGGCUUUCCAAGGAGGAGGAGGAGGACGCAGAUACGCGAAGCCGCCCAGAAGCGGCAACCAUAAUAAUAAUAAUAAUAAUAAUAAUAAUAAUAAUUUAUUUAUACCCUGCCCAUCUGGCUGGGUUUCCCCAGCCACUCUUGGGCCGCUUCCAACAAAACACUAAAAUACAAUAACCUAUUAAACAUUAAAACAUGAAAAUCUUCCCUAAACAGAAGCAAGCCGCGCUUCCCUCCGGCCGCCAGGGGCCGCUGGCGAGCCCCUUCGAGCCCCUCUAGGAGAGGCGGGCGGGCGAGGCUUCCGGUCUCUGUGGCCUCCCGGGCCGGAAGCGAGCGCGAGGAGGGCGGGAGGGAGAGAGACUUCUUCCGCCGGUCACCCGGGAGCCGAGAGGAGCCUCCGAGGCCGGUGAGGGAGGGGAAGGAGGGGGGAGGGACCCCCCCCACUCACGACCCCCCCACGGAGGGGCGCGAGGUCCGGAGACUUCUCUCCCCCCCCCACUCCCCGAGAGUGAAGCUGCGCCCGUUGGAGUUCUCCCCGUCCCGUGAGUGGGGGGGGGGCAGAGAGGGGCCUGGGGGAGGCCUUCCCCCCCCGGACCCUCAAGAAGCGCAGUCCGGCCGAGGAGCCAGAAAGGGGGCGUCUUCCAUGGGGAGGGGGGAGAAGAAGAAGAAUCCUCUCGCCCCCCCCCCCCGCGCUCCCUCGAGGAGACCCCAGUGGGGCGGGGGUCUCCCCUGUCAAACUGCCUCUUUCCCCGGCCCCGGACUCUCCUGCGCCCCCGUCUCCAGCCCCCUUCGACUCCCUGCGGCUGAGGUCCCUUCUCCCCGCCCAAUGAGAUAUUUGUUUAGGGAACUUUUUGAAUGUUUGACUUUGUAUUGUGCUUUUAAUUUUCUGUUGGGAGCUGCCCAGAGUGGCUGCGGAAACCCAGCCAGAUGGGCGGGGUAUAAAUGAAAUUAUUAUUAUUAUUAUUUGAGGGGGCUGCCCCACCCCAGUUGAUGGGCAUCGCCAUUCAAAUACAGUGGUACCUCGGGUUAAGUAUUUAAUUCGUUCGUCCGUUCUUAACCUGAAACUGUUCUUAACCUGAAGCACCACUUUAGCUAAUGGGGCCUGCCGGUGCGCCGCCGGAGCACGAUUUCUGUUCUCAGAAGCAAAGUUCUUAACCCGAGGUACUAUUUCUGGGUUAGCGGAGUGUGUAACCUGAAGGGUAUGUAACCCGAGGUACCACUUUAGUAUGGGUGAGCCUCGCCAUGCCAUCAAUUGUGCAGGGAGGAGCUGACCUGUCCCUCCCCCACGUUGGCACCCCUGGCAGCAGGGCACCGGUGUGGGUCCAAGGUGGCUGUCCUGGGUGUGUGUUGCUGCUGCCUAUUCUGGCUCCCUGAGUCCUGCCCUUGGAAUGCCACUGGGUGGCCUCAGCUGCUUCACUUGGGGUGUUGCCUUCCCUGCAGGUCUCCUCCGGCUGACCGGGCGUCACUGCCCUUGGCUUGGCACCAUGGUGUCUGUCAUGAUGGGUAAGUUGGCCUGACAUCCCCCCUCCCCUUUAACCCCGGUAUGUCUUUGGAAGGGAGCCAGAGCAAAGCCAAACUCAAGAGGGGCUUGAGGGAGGGAGGGAGGGAAGGGGUAGCGGCAGAAGCAGGGCAGCCAAAUCCAAGAGCCUCUCCCUUUGUUCUGUGCAAGGCGCCUGACUGAACCCCAGAUGGGAGGCAGCAGCUGCAAAUGUGGAGAAUGCAAGUCUGAGGCCAGCUGGGAAGAGGCGCUGGAGUGACGGCUUUGGGGGGGGGGGUGAAACAGAGACCAGGGAGAUAAGCGCACAAGAAUAGCCUGAUGUAUCAGGACAGUGGCUCUUUGGUCCAGCGCCCUGUUUUCACAGCGGCCGACCAGAUGCCCAUUCUGGGAAUCCUACAAGCAGGAUCCACGCACAAGAGCACUUCCUCCCCUCCUGUCGCUUUGCUCAGGUGCUGGUUGCUUCUGACAUAAUCUUCUCUGCCUUUCAGCAACGUCAGAGUGGAUUCAGUUCUUCAAAGAAGCUGGGAUCCCCCCAGGGCCUGCUGUCAACUACGCCGUCAUGUUUGUGGAUAAUAGGUGAGGCUGUUGAGAGAUGGAGCCUCUGUGGAGCAUCUCACUGUUCUGUUUCCUGUGCUUCUGCUGCAGUCUGGGAGAGUGGGACUUCAGGAGCUCACGUGCAAGGGAAUCUGAUCCCUAGAAAGUGUCUCAUUGAUCCCACUGUAGGGGAGACCUGCCAGCCCUGCUUUCCAUACAAUGUGGGGUGGGAGGUGGGGAUCUGUGCUCAGUGGCAGAUGCUAAAGCCACCGGCUGCUUUUUUUAAACCUCCCAGGAGACGUGGUCCAAACAAAGGAGUUACAUGGCUGAAAGGAUCCCUUGCGUGGAGUUUGUGGGAGUGUGGUUUAGGUCAGGAACAUUGCAUCGGCCUGACGUAUUGGCUUGUUUAAAUCUUAAAUUACCAAAUAGCAUGCAUUAUGUGGCCCAAGAUUAUUUUUCAAACGUUUACCUCUCUGAGAAAAACAAAACAAUAUAUCCUUUGUUUCUUGGAACAAAGGCCAAAUAUUUUUAAUUCCACUUGCAGUACCACACCCUACAGAAUACCACAGGGCAGUGACCCUCAUAUGGGCUUUUCCUCCUAUUGCCCUCAUGUUACAGAAUGCCUUUCUGUCUCCCAUAUGUGAAGCAGCAACAUCAGUUCCUUCAGGCUUUCCCCCUCAGAUUUCCCUUAAGAUUGGGACCUGCUUUCAUUUGUUUAAAUUCCCCGAAUUUUAUAAAUCUAUGUAUGGGUGAGUGGAUUGGAGCAAAUGGAUAUCUGAAAUGUCAUUAUUUCUGAAGCCUUGUGAAAAAAGGCAGAUGGCCAGCUCCCCAUUGCAAUGGGGAGUUUUUCUGUCCAUUCCUUCCAGUGGUGGCUGGAGGAGUUUUCUUGUGCCAGGCUGUUGCACACCCUGUUCACAGAGUGCUUGUAGAUUGCACAGUUGGGGUAUGGUACGUGACUCACCACCACAGACCUUGUCCCCUGCAGGAUCCAGAAGAACAUGCUGAUGGACCUCAACAAGGAGAUCAUGAACGAGCUGGGCAUCACCAUCGUCGGAGAUAUCAUUGCCAUCCUCAAACAUGCCAAAGUCGUGUACAGGCAGGUGGGUUCUCCCAGGAAGCGGCUAACAAUUUCUCCCAGUUGGUGUAGUGGUUAAGAGCGAUAGACUCGUAAUCUGGGGAACCGGGUUCGCUUCCCCGCUCCUCCACAUGCAGCUGCUGGGUGACCUUGGGCCAGUCACACUUCUCUGAAGUCUCUCAGACCCACUCACCUCACAGGGUGUUUGUUGUGGGGGAGGAAGGGAAAGGAGAAUGUUAGCCGCUUUGAGACUCCUUAGGGUAGUGAUAGAGCGGGAUAGCAAAUCCAAACUCUUUUUCUUCUUCCCACAUGCUUUGCAUUAAAUGGCUGUGACAUUGGCUGGUAACCCUCUGGCAUUCUGGGUGGGAUCUUUGGAUAUACAACAGUGUUUGAAAUUCGCCAGGUGCAUUUUGUGGGAUGCAGGUGGCGCUGUGGGUUAAACCACAGAGCCUAGGACUUGCCGAUCAGAAGGUUGGCGGUUCAAAUCCCCACGACAGGGUGAGCUCCUGUUGCUCGGUCCCUGCUCCUGCCAACCUUGCAGUUCAAAAGCACGACAAAGUGCAAGUAGAUAAAUAGGUACCGCUCCGGCGGGAAGGUAAACGGCGUUUCCGUGCGCUGCUCUGGUUCGCCAGAAGCGGCUUAGUCAUGCUGGCCACAUGACCCAGAAGCUGUACGCAGGCUCCCUCGGCCAAUAAAGUGAGAUGAGCCUAGACCUAAUGGUCAGGGGUCUCUUUACUUUUACCUAUUGGCCACUUGUACCCAAGUGAAGAUGCCCGAGCGCCAGGAUGGUGCCUGGUGUCUCCACCACCUGGAGGUGCAUGCCUGGGGAUCCUUGGACCUGGACUGUUUUCACACACUAGCACAGGGGUUGGCAAAGUUUAUGUGGCUUGGGCCGGUUCACGGUCCCGCAGAUACUGCGGUGAGCCGGAGUGUGUGUGCACCCAUGCAUGCGCAAACGCAGUUUCCGGCGUGGAGGAGGCGUGCGCAGCUUCCCAUUGGCCAAAGGGAAGCCGGCCAGUGUUGUGGAAGGCGGUCCCCGCUUGCUCCGUGCUGGUUUAGCGCGAUGCACGGGAGCCGACUGAGCGGGCGGUGGGGGUCCAUGGGCCGGUUAAACGACCCCCAUAUGGGCCUUAGGUUGCCGGCCCCUGCACUUGCAGCACAUCCCGUAGAAUUCUAUCCAUUAUAUUUUAUUUGCACAAUCUAAACAAAUUUUGGAAACCAAUAAGUCGUAUGGACUUUUGAGCCACCUGGCCCCAAAAUGGCAACUAGGCAUUCUGUUUUAGCAACUGUAGCCCUGGUUUAAGGAGCCAUUGGCACCUGGCUUGUGUAUGUGAGUUUUUAACGUUGGUCUACAAGAUUCUUUUGGUGGAGUGGGAUCCAGCAGUAAAACUUCAGCCUAGAAGGCUAUGGUUGCAAGCUAGGGGGCUGUCAUGAGCAACCAGUGAUUGUGUGGGCCUUUGCCCAGUGCAGGGGAGAAUUCUAGAAUUGUAGAGUUGGAAGGGACCCCCGAGGGUCAUCUAGUCCAACCCCUUGCAGUGCAGGGAUCACAACUCUAGUAUCCCUGACAGGUGGACAUCGUUCCACUGUCAAACGGCUCUUGCCGUCAGGGGAUGUGCAAGGAUUUCAGUGCUCUUUGCUGAUAUCUCUCGGAAAGUGAAGCAAAGGACCUGAGCUGCCCAGUGCAGCGUUCAGAGAAUGGUAAAAGUCCUGCUUAAGGGUCUGGAAGCCCCAUAACACCCUGCAUGACUCCCAGGCCAGAUCUGUAGGUGAAGACCUGCAGCACUCCACUCCUCUCCUUGCUCCCGCAUCCAGGAGUUUAAUCUCCUGGUGUGAGGCAUAUCUCAGGCCUGGAUAGCUUUCCUCUUCCUGCUACCUUCCUGCAAAGGGGGGCAUGCCUGAACCUGGUGCAUUUGUGGGGAGACCGUGCCUUUGCUAGGGGAACCAUCUCAAUCUGCCCCUCACUAUUGCAUUGUGGUGUUCCCUCUGUCCCUAGGAAAUGUGCAAGGCUGCUACAGAAUCGGUGGCUUCCAGCCAACCCACCCUGCAGUCUGAACUCCGUCGGAAUGCCAACAGUGGUGAGUAACACAAGUGGCUGGCUGCAGAUGGAGGAGGCGGCCAGGCCUUUCCUCCGCUCUCAGACUCUUGUCUGUCUCUCCCUGCUCCCUCUCCCUGCCAAGGCCUCUACUCUUCUCACUGCAUGAAGUUGGCUGCUCCUUUCUGAGCUCACCUGAGCCACCCCAGGAUGCUAAUAAUGUCUCUUCACAUCAAGCAACAUCAGCCCCACUGGUCCGUGCAGUGUAGUUCUCCUGGACCUUUCAGAUUGUUCACUGGGUCUUUUGGGUGAUGUUUCUUAGGCAGGACAGGUCCUUCCUUGGACACCCCUUCCUCCAUUCUGUGCGGCUGCGUAUUUUGAUCAUGGCUGUAGCUGGAACUUUUGAGCUAUGAAGCUUCUGCUCCCCUUACAGCCAAGCUGCUGUCCUUUCAUGUUGAAUAAAAACAUUUUUGUUCUUUCAAACAGUUAGCUCUUGCAAGUCCUGUUUUCAAUUACAUGUUGCUGGAUGCUUUAAAUAUACGUGCAUUAUGGAAAGGCAUGAUAAUUUUAAAAUAAAUAAAAAUAACAAAUUAAAUUAAAAUUAAAAAAUUAGAUACCCCCUGCCUUCCCCAUCUUCAUGUGCCACUCUGCUUCUGCUUCACUGCCUCCUGCUUGCAGCUGAACUGCUCCAGCUGAUGUCCUGGCUGCCCUGCAGUGACAUCCCAUAAUAUGUCUGUCUGUGGGCAUGGGUCUCACUUUGCAGGAAAAACUCAGGCAGUGGGAGAGGAUUUCAUGCCCACCUCUUCCAGGAGGAGAAAGCCUUAUCUGAGAGCUCCCCAAAUCCUAUUGCAGGGUGUAUCUUUUAAACCACCCCUCUGGCAUUCCUGCUAUUAUUGGGCUCUCAUUUGCCCUGUCUACAUGGGCACUGGGCAAAAGCCUUCCAUAUGGUGUUGGGAAGGCAGAAACAGUGGCCAGUUUUAAACCCCUCCUAAAGACACGUCUAUUUAAGCAGCCAUUCCGUAUAGCUAAAAUUAUGGUUUUCCUAGUAGUGAUGUAUGGAAGUGAGAGCUGGACCAUAAAGAAGGCUGAUCGCAGAAGAAUUGAUGCUUUUGAAUUAUGGUGCUGGAGGAGACUCUUGAGAGUCCCAUGGACUGCAGGAAGAUCAAACCGAUCCAUUCUGAAGGAAAUCAGCCCUGAGUGCUCACUGGAAGGACAGAUCCUGAAGCUGAGGCUCCAAGACUUUGGCCACCUCAUGAGAAGAGAAGACUCCCUGGAAAAGACCCUGAUGUUGGGAAAGAUGGAGGGCACAAGGAGAAGGGGACGACAGAGGACGAGAUGGUUGGACAGUGUUCUCGAAGCUACCAGCAUGAGUUUGACCAAACUGCAGGAGGCAGUGGAAGACAGGAGUGUCUGGCGUGCUCUGGUCCAGGGGGUCAAGAAGAGUUGGACACAACUAAAUGACUAAACAACAAUAACCUGAGCUUAUAAGAUCCAUCACACAGCUUCAUUAUAUAUUGAUAUUUAUCUGAAUGUUUUGUUGAAGGCUUCUCUGCUUUUACUGAUGUGUUUCUUUGUGUUUUUGGUUUUAAACCUUGUAUAUCCCCUCUCCCCCCCCCCACUAUCUUUCUGUGUUAUACGUAAAACCGCUGAAGGAUUUUGGCACAUAAAGUGGUGUGUAACUUUGAUGUUCCUGCAGCUGCCACCCGGAUGAUUGCAAACAGCUUGAGCCGAGACUCCCCACCUUCCACCCCGGUUCGAAGACCUGACACCAGCACCUCCAAAAUCUCCAUCACGGUCUCCAAUAAAAUGGCAGGAAAGAAUGCCAAAGCAGGUAGGUUUUUUGGAAUCUGCAGAAUUGAAGUCUUUGGGGAAAUGUGGAGAGAAAUCUGUUUCAAAAUCCUUCCAGCCCUAGUUCUGUCAGGCAUGGCUCUCUGCUCCCCACUAGAGGGCAGAUUUUCCCCAUGGGUAUUGCUGUUGGCUCUGAAUGCCCAUCCUUGAGUUGCCCAGCCAGAGGCCUCUGGACUCAAAGCAGGCGUGAGCUGGCCUUUCUCCCAUCCUCUUCCUGCUGCCACAGCUCUCUGCAGUCCGGAGGCCGAGAACUCCACACUCCCAGUGAAGCGCCGCCGCGUCACGGCAGAGAUGGAAGGGAAGUACAUUGUCCACAUGCCCAAGGGAACCACCCCCAGGACCAAGAAGAUCCUGGAGCAGCAGCAGCAGGCAGCCAAAGGUACCUGGGCCACUUCCCCUGGGGAGCGGGGCUGAAGGCCGGCCAGCUUCCUUUAAAGCUGGGAAAUGGGGGCAGGUCUGUGGCCACCUUAAUUCAUCCGGAGGAGUACUGUUAAUUUUCCACUGCGGUGCAAAGGCCCAGCUGGCCUCCACUCCGAGACUGGUGUUGAGUGUGCUGCGGAACACGCUUCUGGCAGAGAUGCGGCAGGCACCCUCGCUUUGAACUUUCUGGAAUCUCUUGUAGGCUUCUUUUUAUAAUGGCCAGCCGGCUUUUGCAGUUGCUUAACAUUUCCCUGAAUGGUCAGCCGUUCACUUUAAGGGAUGGCUCUGUACGGCUUUCAAAGGUUUCUUGUUGUUACUGUACUUUGUGGCCCUGACAUUUUGCAAGAGGACAGUAUAUCGGUACUUAGGUGAAUGAAAUCAAACCCUGCACUUAAAGAGCAAAUUCAGAGCCAAGGUGAAACGAAUGUGCUGAGUUGAAGCACAGCCCAAAUAAAAGCGGCAAACUUAAGCAGGUUCAGCCAGCAGCCAAAUUUCGCUUUGCCCUCCCAGUCGCCAGCCUGCUGCUGCUACUGCUACCCAGCCAGCCCUUGUUUUUCUUCUGGUGCUUAUGCCUGGCUCUUCCUAAUUUUGUUUUUAAUUGUGACACUUUGCAAAGUCCAGCUUCCUUGUUCCACGUGACUGGCGUGCUCUGGCCAGAACUAACACCCCAUCACAGACACAGGUGCAGCCGCUUGCGAGAUUGCCACUUGGCAAAGGUUUUGCAGUCUUGGCGUGGGUGGGGGGGAACACAGGCCUCCGGGGUGCAAAAUUGUUUCUUAUGCACUAUGGGCAGUGUUGCCUAACCUGCAGGGGCAAGGACUUCUGGUAUGGUGUGGCUUCCAGAGACUGAUGCCAUCAGGCUGGGGAAAGGAGUAUUUGGAAAUAGUUUGGGUCCUGCACAGCAGCAUUAAAAAUAUAUUAUUUAAUCUUGUUUGCUGCUUCAAAAGCUUUUUUGGGUGAAACACAUUCUUAUCUGCAUGCUAUGAAAUAAUCAUUUGGCCCCUGUUGCUCCUUUGAAAAGCCCUUCUCUUGUUUUAACUCUGUGUGGCUUCUUUCCACUGCUCCCUUGUUAUUGACAGGGUUACAGAGAACCUCUGUGUUUGACCGGCUGGGCGCAGAGACCGGCGUGGACACAACCACAGGAAGCAAGGUGAGAGCAAAAGGGUGGGACCUUCUUUUGAACCUUCCCCCGCUCCCCUUGCCUCGGAUACCACAAAGGGGGGCCGGUUGGCAAGGCUGAGAUUAAACAUGUAUGGUUGAGGGAGUAGAGGUGGACUUCCACUUCCUGGCCCAGCCAAGGCGUUCAGGGUGGCGCUAGAGCUCUUCUGAUGUGGGAGGUGGCACUUUGGUCAGGCAGGGCUGUUGCCACGACCCACUAAGGGAGAUAAUCACAAUGAAAUUGGAAAAGCAACAGUUGCACAUCUAUUCAAAUUCCAUCUGAAACUAUAUAGUUGAAUUAAUUCAAAACAAAACGGAUGAGCUGGAUGAGGAUACCAGCUUUUCAAAGUCUGGUAGUCAUUUAGCACAUUUAGUAACUGCUUCAACUGUUGAGUAAUUUCCUCCUGUGAUGGACAGCCUUGACAAAGUGAUGCCAGUUUCCCACGGUCUGGUUUAAAGCCACCUAGCAGGAGUCUUAAAUCACUGCCUCCAGAGCUCCUCUGCUGCCCCCAUGCCUCUUAGUGCCCCCCCCCGGACAAUUCUAUCAACCUCCCAGGGGGUGAACUGCCCAUCUUGGGAGCCACUUGUAGCCCUUUUGCAGAGCCUAGCAAAGGGCCUGAGGGUGGGGCUCCCAGCCACUCUGCCGUGCUUGCCACCCCCACCCUCAUUGAGCCGCUCUGGUGUCUUCGCAGCCCACGGGAGUCUUCAGCCGCCUGGGGGACAUGCAGGAGGCCGAGGAGGACAAAGCAGUGGAGAGCGACGAUGACAGCUCCGUCUUGCAGUACGCUGGGGUGCUGAAGAAAUUCUUCAAGCCCUCCAGGCCCAAGGAGAGCGCCAAGGCCGCCGGGGCAACGGUCAAAGCCAAAGCCACCAGCUCCGAGCCCCAGCCGAAGGCCACAGCCGCCCCCGCCCUCCAGCGGCUCGGGAGCAAGAGCCUGGCGGAGAAGAAGGAGAAGAAGGCCGAGCCGCCCCCGCUGCAAGGCGGCAUGGCCAAGAGACUGGGCAAGCGCCCUCUGCCUGCCGAGGCCCAGGACAGCCAGGUCACCAGCUCCAGGAGCAAGCCGGAGUCCGAGUUCCGAGUCACCAUCAAGAGAACUUUGGGCAGCGCGAAGGUAAGCAGCACCACGGAGGGCCCCAGCGCCCAGAUGGACAACACGGGCACCAUCAGCGUCUUUAAGCGGUUGGGCAGGAAGGCGGUGUGAGCUGGGCCCCCCACCCACCCCGGCGCGCCCUUCGCCUGCAUGCGUGUGGGAGACCCUCUUUGGACAGCUUGAAGUCGGCGCCCCCUCUCCCCCGUCUGCAACACAAACGGGCUCUUGCGCGGCCUCCGGGCGGAGGACGGCUUCUGGGAAACUUGGUGUCGGUUCUUCCAGCUGUUUCCACAGGUCUGUGGGGCAGGAGCGGAACUGGGGGGUCUUGCGUGGCUGCAUGGCCCACCUCAAGGCAGCGGCUUGCCAGUGCUGGCGGUGGCACCCACCCAACGGAGCAUUGCUGGGGUGGGGUGAGGGCUCCCAGCGGGUGCAAGAGGUCAUGUUGCACUGAACCCUCCUUUCUCUGUCUCUGUUAUUUCCCCUCUGCAGGUCCUUGCUCUCUCCUAGGAAGUAGGUGCCUUGAAGGCCCUGUAAAAGAUCUUGCAAGAUUCAGUAGAUCCCUUCCCCACCCCCACCCCACACUUUCUUUUCCGUUUUUCCCAAGCGUUUACCUGCCGCUUUUCUGUAUCCUAGGAACAGCAACUGAACAGCUGACCAGAAAUUUCCUCUUGCUGGACACUGGGAUCGCGCAGUCAGCCAGCGGGGUCCCAGUGCUGAGUUUUGCCUCCUGCCAGGAGGAGGAGGAAAAUUCUGGCCGGCUCCUCUUUGGGUUCUAUCUCUCCUCUGAGCAGGAGAGGAAUUUCUCCUGGCCUGGCUGUGGCAUGUGAGACGAGGUUCUUGUGGGGGCAGGAGAUGGUUUCAUGUGUCAGGAGUCCCAAACUGGGCUGGCUCUCCUGCCCAAGCCUCCUGAAGCAACACUGCUCAGCUGGGAAAGGGGAAGAGAAGGCCAGGUCUCUUUUCCAGAGUCAGGCCUCGUUGAGCCAAAUCAGAUGCACGAUCUGGACCCUGGCUAAAUCUGAAGCCAGACUCCGGUGAGAAUUGCAGUGGGCUUGGUUUUUCCAUGCUCUGCUUCUCCAUCAACCCCGAUGGGCACCCGCAUUGCUGUGUUGGAUGGAGGGCAGCAUCCAGGGCAGCCAUCUGCCGCCUCACCUGCCCUGCAGCUUCCUUGUGAGCCUGGUUCCCCUUUCAGAGGCUUCUGCCCUACAGCAGCAGGAGGGGCACUAAUGCCAGGCCUGUUUUGCGCAGAGAGAUGGUGGUAUGCAAGCCGCCUGCCAUCUCUCUCUCCUCUGGGCUCCUGCUGCUCUUCAUCUCUGCUAGAGCCCCACGUCUGAGUUUCAUAGGAUGCUGCCCAUGCCAGCUGGCCUCCCCACAAUAUAUAUUUGGAAAAUGAAAACAGGCCAUUGCGAUGUGGUAUGCCCAAGAGUCUUGGGCAAUGGCAGUAGAGAUGGAAAUGCUUGAGGGGCCUUCCUGGGCGGAGGUGACCUGCGAGGUAGCCCCAGGCCACUCUUGCACUUGACCGAAAACUCUGUAUCCCAGCAUGCACUGCCAGUUGGAGUAUCCCUUGUGUUGGCUUCUGAUUGGCACGGAACCCAGAGACGUUUCCUGUGCUCUGAGGUGCCUUCUGUGUCCCCAGCUGCCCCAGAGAGAAUUAUGCGACCUGCACGAUUUAGGGGAUGUGGUGCUCCCCCAUGCACCUGUUAAUCAGAUAAGGCAGCAGCUGUGUGGGAUUCCUAAUGGUUUAAAUGAAUUUUUAUUGAUUAAAUUAGGGAGGGGGGAGCUAGAAGAGCUGUGGUGUAAUGGUUGAUAGUUUUUUUUUUUAAAAAAAAGACCUUUUUUUGUAAACAUGAGUUAAUGUGCAAUUUGGAAGUAUCCUUGCAUUCGGCUGUCAGUUGCCCAGAAGUGCAGGGGGGAGGGCGGCAAGGUUCUCAGUGCUGCUGUCAGAGCCUGCCAGGUGUGUUCCUGCACUCCCCACACCCCGCCGCCCAGGUAGGGGAAUAAAGGAAUGUUCUCUUGCAAUAAAAUGAGUCUCCUCUUAGCUUGCUUCAUCAGCUGCAGCAUCUCUUUGGGAAGCCCCCUCACAAAGGGGACACAUAGAGCUUGCUGGAUCAGCCCACGGGGCCAAAUCCCAUCCAGCAUCCAAUGGUUUUCCUGCUGGAAGUCUUGCCACUGGGGUGUUUGUGUGUGUACACACACUGAGAGGUCUUGCAGGAGAGGCCUUUGGCCUGUAAUUUCAGCUAUCCACAGGGAAAGCGGAGGAGGGGCAAGCCCUAAUCAGUGGAGAGAUAUUGCUUGUUCUGAUGUUAUCUUUUUUAUUAUUAUUCAUUUCAUACAAAUUAAAUAUUGUCUGAUUGUUCAAAGAAAAGAGAGAAUUGUUAAAAGGAAGCCUCAAAGCAGCUUACAAAAAGAAUAAAACAAUAAAAUGGUCAGUAAAACUUCAGUAGGAGAGUAAGCAAGCACAAAGCAUUGGGGUUGGGUGGAAUGAUCCUGUCGGAUACAACCUCCUUAACCUCCUUUCUUUUUUUGGGAGGGCCUAUCUUUCUUGCAGGGACGCGGGUGGCGCUGUGGGUUAAACCACAGAGCCUAGAACUUGCCGAUCAGAAGGUCGGCGGUUCAAAUCCCUGUGACGGGGUGAGCUCCUGUUUCUCGG